UUAUUUUCAUUAUCAAUUGGAAAGCUUCAUCUCGGUUUAACGUGAUAGAGUUUCUCUUUAGAUUCAGAAUCAGGUUUAAUUUUGAUUAUCGUCUUUCCGGUUUUUGUACACCCAUUCGGCAAAACAAUUUGUUUGUGUACAUAAAACGUUGUCAGCCAGCCGCUAUGUUGACAGGUCUUGUGUCAAAAAGUGAUUGUCUGCCAGAAAUCGAUUGCCACACGCGGGAGCGCGCACCGUUGCCUUCAGGCGUUUAGUUCGGUUAGUAGGACUACAGCUGCAAUAUCGGUCUCAAACGGCCAUAACUUGUAAAUAGCAUCCGCUACACGUUUUCCAGUGGUCGUAGUGAUGCCACGUCUUUUAAAUUUUGUGUAAAGCAUCGUGAUCAAAAGAUAUUGGCUGUAAUCACCUUUUGGCAACGUGAACACAGCUUCAUACUGGUUGUACUAGUCUCAGACAGGUACAGACAGUGGUCCCUAUUAUCUGUUAAUAUAACCCAGCAGAGUUUCGUGAACUUAAAAUAAAGGAGAAAGAAGCUUUCAGUAAACAGAUUUUGGCUUUAAUCACUUACAUAAACAUAAAACCAGCGUCCUCUUGGUUCUACUGGUCUUAGGCAGGAACAGACAAUGAUCAGAUGGAAUGGGUAUUUAUUACAUUUGUUAAAAUAACAAAUAUAUAUAAUAUAUUAUAAUAUAUUAAAAAUGCUUUUUGCUAUUUUUUGCAAUUUGCAUUAUCAUGAACUGCAUAGUUCUGCCUCAAGACGAAUGAGACGUUCCUGCUGUAUGAGAGCACUAAACAAUUAUAAAUCAGAGUUGAUUCCAGAAACACAACACCUGGUUAUUCUUCAAAUGACAGGGUUACAGGGUUAAAAUGAGUUAGGGAGUUUAUUUCUAACUCUGAGUUUUUAUGUUUUAGAACUCUUAGGAAGAGACGGCCAUCAUGCAGUGUGUGGGGGUGUUGGUGAGGUCUAGACUUCUGCAGCUUCCUUUACGAGGGCUCAGUGCAGCUUUAAUCUAUAAAUCACCUUCCCCUGGUCUCACCAGGUCUGCACUUGAGUCUCCUGCUUUUCUUCUUGCCCAGUCACCUGUACGGACCUUGUCAGGUGGUCUUGGCCCAGAUCAAUCAGGAUGGUACAGUAGUCUGGCAGACUCAGCCCCUGUGCACCUGUGUGAGCACUUCCUGGUGAGUGUGCACCAGAUGACCGGGUGGCCAUGGUGGCUUAAUAUUGUUAUAGCAACCCUGACAGUCAGAACACUCAUCACUCUACCUCUUGCCGCGUAUCAACUGGUCAUCAUCUCCAAGGUGGAGUCGCUGCAGGUGGAGAUUUCUGAACUGGCAAAGAGACUUCGAUAUGAAGUUUCAGUUAAAGCCAGAGACAGAGGCUGGACAGAGAGGAAAGGACGGUUCAUAUUCCAGAAGAACCUGCGCCGUCUCAUGUCUCAGCUCUACAUAAGAGACAACUGCCACCCCUUCAAAGCCAGUGUCCUGAUUUGGGUCCAGCUUCCAAUCUGGAUCAGCCUCUCAAUGGCUCUCCGAAACCUUAGUAUGGACCACUCUGCACUGCAUGGGGACCUGGCUGGAGGAGGUGUUCUAUGGUUCCAUGACCUCACAUUGCCUGACUCGACUUGGAUUCUGCCAAUCUGCGUCGGACUCACCAACCUGUUCAUUGUGGAGGUGUUUUCUCUCCAGAGACUCAAUCCAACUUAUUUCCAGAAACUUGUUUUAAACAUGAUCCGAGGUUUCUCCAUCCUUAUGGUUCCCAUUGCUGCUACAGUCCCUUCUUCCAUGGUUCUGUACUGGUUCACUUCGAGUGUGGUUGGACUCAGUCACAACCUGCUUCUACGUUCUGCAAGAGUCCACAAGGUACUACAGCUGAGAAGUCAAAAAUCUGAAACACCAUACAGAGACCUGCUGUCAGCCUUUCUCAACAAAUACUGCAAAUAAUUGCAGUAUUCAUUGGGAAGUCCCGCAUAACAGUGGUUUCAGAUUCUUUGUAUUUAUUUAGAAACUAAUUCACACAUUUCACAUUUUUCCUGUCAUUAACUACGCAAAUUAUUUAGUAAUAAACUGGUGAUGAAAUCAGA